GGGCCCCCACCCCCCCCGGGGGGAAAAAAAAAAAAAUUCCCCCCCCACCGGGGGGGGGGGAAGUUUUUUUUUUUUUUUUUGGUGGAAAAGGGGGGGGGGGUGGGGGGGGGGGGGCGCGGGGAGGACAGGCGGGGUGGUGGUGGGGGGGGGGGUGGGGGGGGGGGGGUUUUAUUUUAUUUUUUUUUUUUGGGGGGGGGGGGGGGGUGGGGGGGGGGGGAGGGGGGGGAGGGGGGGGGGGGGGGUUGGGGGGGGGGGGGUUGGGGGGGAAGGGGGGGGGGGGGGGAAAAUUGGGGGGAGGAGGGGGUUUGAGGGAGAGGGGGGGGGGGGGGGGGGGGGUGGGGGAGGGGAUGGGGGGGAGGGGGGGGGGGAGGGGAGGGGGUGGGGGAGGUAUAAACAAGGGGUGUUUAAGUAAAAAAAAAUUUAAUAAAAAAAAAAACUAUAUCAAAUUCGGUUUGGGGGGGAGUAGUUGGGGGGUCAAUUAA